UUUCUGAACCCGGCAUCUCCGUGAGAACGGCACCCAUAGUCACCAUGAACACCCUCUGCUGCCUGACGAUCCUCCUAGCGGCUGUCGUCUCUUCACAGGCGCUGCCGAUGGCCGACUACCACUACGAAGAAGAGUCAUCCGCUAAACAGCUGGCAGGAGCUUACGAUCUCCUCUCCAAGCUGGGCCAGGCGUUCCGCAGCGAGCUAGAAACGUGCGACCUAAAAGUUGACAAGGUUUGCCAGACCAGCUACGGGAAGUGGAGAGGCCGGAUCCCCAGGAUGGUCUGCAGAUGCCCCGCCAGGACCAUGUGUGACAUGGACGGCUUUCCCGUCGGCAAAUGUGUGGAAUACUAAUGUACCCAAGAGGAGGGACGGUUCUAUGAAGGCACAUUUCGUCAGACGACCCCAGGACUCCUUUCCAGACAACAUGCUCAUCGCCUGUGGACAUCCUUCCAAUGAUUUACGCACGACCAGAAUUUAUUUAUAAGUUAGAAAAAACAACAUCUCUGCGAUAAAUACAGCAGCUUUACGUGCCAGACAUACAGAUUAUUGGUCGUCUUGGAUUUGUUAAUUCAUGUUUUCUGUGAUCAUUGCUUGUUGCUUAUCCAUAGUCAUGUACACAGUAUUUCAAACAACACUUUUCGACACUGAAUGUUUAUUGUAAAAGAGCAUAACUUUCCACUGAACAGCGAAAUGCGUUUGAUAUGUGCCCAGGGAUACCUGAAAAUCAGAUCAACGGAUCUGAGGUAUGCCC